AUGGCAGUGUCCGGGCAGGAGGACUGCGCGUACCGCUACGAGGACUCCCUUCACGCCGCCGAUUUCCUGGAGGCGUUCCGAGCGUUCUACCGGGACGGGCUGUUCACCGACAUCACCCUGCAGUGCGCCUCGGGGGUCAUCUUCCACUGCCACAGAGCCGCCUUGGCGGCUUGCAGCAGUUAUUUUAAAGCCAUGUUCACAGCCGAUAUGAAGGAGAAAUCUAAAAACCAGAUCAGACUUCCCGGGCUCAGCCAUGGCGUACUGGAAGCCCUCGUGAAUUAUGCAUACACAUCACAGAUCCAGAUAACAAAGAGGAAUGUCCAAAGCCUUCUCCAGGCUGCAGACCUCCUCCAGUUCGUGUCAGUAAAGAAAGCCUGCGAGCAGUUUCUGGUGAGGCACUUGGAUACUGACAACUGUAUAGGGAUGCAUUCCUUUGCGGAAUAUCACAAUUGCUCCGAGCUAGAAAAAGAGGCCAGGAGGAUAUUGUUAUGGCAGUUUGAAGAAGUGUGGAAGCAGGAAGAGUUUCUGGACGUUGGCAAGGAGAAGCUCUCGUAUAUUCUCUCCAGAGAGAAUCUCAAUGUUUGGAAAGAAGAGGUGGCCGUCGAAGCAGUUGUUAAAUGGGUUGCACACAAUGUAGAAGAAAGGAUUGAAGACAUCUAUGAACUGCUGAGCUGUAUCAAAGUAGAUGUAGAUAACUUGUAUUUGAGGUCAGCUUUAAGCCUACAAAAAAAAAGCCGACUUAAUGACAGUAAGAUAAGAUCACUUGUAUACAGUGCCCUGAACAUCAACCCGAAAGGUCUUUCCAGAAGACCCACUGCAGCCAUGUACGUGAUUGGAGGAUAUUAUUGGCAUCCCUUAUCAGAAGUGCAUGUUUGGGAUCCUUUAACCAACACAUGGGUCCAAGGAACAGAGAUGCCAGAUCACACGAGAGAGAGCUAUGGGGUCACCAGCUUGGGACCAGACAUAUAUGUGACGGGAGGUUAUAGAACGGAGAGCAUUGAAGCCCUUGACACCAUGUGGAUAUAUAACAGUGAGAGAGACGAAUGGACAGAAGGCUGCCCCAUGCUUGAUGCAAGGUAUUAUCACUGCGCAGUUUCCUCAAAUGGCUGCGUCUAUGCGUUGGGUGGUUACCGAAAGGGAGCUCCAGUGCAAGAAGCUGAGUUCUAUGAUCCUUUGAAAAAGAAAUGGCUUCCUAUUGCAAACAUGAUCAAAGGUGUUGGAAAUGCCACUGCCUGUGUCCUGCACGAGGUCAUCUACGUAACCGGAGGUCACUAUGGGUACAGGGGAAGCUGCACCUACGAUAAAAUUCAGAGAUACCAUUCAAGUAGCAAUGAGUGGAGUAUAGUCACCACAAGUCCGCAUCCAGAAUACGGAUUGUGUUCAAUUACCUUACAAAACAAGAUCUAUUUUGUGGGUGGACAGACAACAAUCACAGACUGCUACGACCCAGAGCAAAACGAGUGGAAGCAGAUGGCUCCCAUGAUGGAGAGGAGGAUGGAAUGUGGCGCGGUGGUGAUGAACGGAUGCAUCUAUGUAACAGGAGGAUAUUCCUAUUCCAAAGGAACAUAUCUGCAGAGUAUUGAGAAAUACAACCCUGAACUGAACAAAUGGGAAGCAGUAGGUAAUCUUCCCAGCGCUAUGCGGUCACAUGGCUGUGUCUGUGUGUACAAUGUUGUAAACAUUUAAGUUUCAUAGUGCUGUUACAGAAAACAGCAGAUGCAGUAUUCACAAUAGUGCUGUUUACCUCAGGAAUGAGACGUCUAAUACAGUCUCUUAGUGCAUAUCACUAAAAACUAGGUAUAAUUUGUCUUUAUUUAAAACAAUUCAGAAACAUAAAUGUGGUAACAAGUUUUCCAUAUGUUUUUCAGUCCAAUCAUUCAUUGUUGUGAAAGUUUUCAAAUGUCUCUCUCAUAAUACUUUGUGCAGCUAUACAGGAAGUACUGUGAAAAACAGUUUUGUUUUCAUUAAUCACUGGGUAGAACUAUGAUCUGGUGCUAAGGUGAUUAAAGCCAAAGUACUCUGCAUUUCUAUGGACAACUGGGCUUAAGAGGAUAUCUUUGUUACUCCAAAUGUAGCUAGAGAAAUGGUUGAUAGGCACAAGCUAAGAGUGUGGUAUGUCCAGAGCAGUAUCACUUGAAUAGCUAGGUUACCACAUCCAGAAUUUGUGAGUAGCUACAGAAUGUAAUUUUACCUUCAGAUGCCAGAAUGGAGACGACCCCAGGCUGGGAAUGAGAAUGUUAGAGAUCCAGAAUUAGGAUCAUGCCAAGUGCUUUGAUCACUUAAAGAUAAGCAAAAGUGAUUUUUUUAAAAUAGAAUUUGUAAUAGUGUGACUUAACAGAGUUCAGUGGCAGGGUUCACUCUUAUUACUUACUACAUGGAAGAAACGUACAAAGGAAAAUUGAGUUAGAAUUGAUUUAGAAUUAUUCCUACGAUGGAACUUAGGGGUGACUAGGUCUCUUUGUAGUCUCAGCCUUUUCAACAGUUUAUGUCUAGUGGAAGAGAUGUAAAAGGGUAAGGAAAACCUCCCAUUUAGUCAUGGGGUUCAGAAUGGACUCCCUUGCUAUUGAAACUCCUCAGAGAGCAGUGUAGGUGUGGCUGGAUCCAGACAGUCCCAGACUUGGUCAGUGGUUUAUGACUAAUGAAUUUAACUACAUGGAUUUUAUUAGACAUUCAUUUGGUGUGCAAUCAGUCAUGUACUGAGGAUUCAUUCUGUUCUGUAUAAGGAGUUUCUCUGGCUUGGGUAAAGAAGGGUCUCAGUCUCAGGAAGGGAAUCUCAGAUUUUGAUGUUAAAGAAGUGCUUACUGAGUGUCUGGCAUUAGUUCGCUUCAAAGUUUUAACCCUACGUUUCUCAAAGUAGAGUCACAGGCACUGAAGUAUAUAAAAAUAAAUAAUAAAGUGGUAAAGUAGCAAAAUCCACUGGAGCUGGGUGGAGGCUGGGAGAGUGCCUGAACAAAGAAAUCUCUGGGCAAUUAUACCCUCACAGAUGACCUACCCUAAUGCAUUCUUCACACUGUCUUGCCAUGCUUUCCACGUGCCCUGUGGUCCAAUAGUGGUUCUGGUCUGAGGCCUUUUGACUCAUUAUCUUGUUUUGACAUGGUUAUCUUGUUGCAGCUGUUGUUGAUGGCUGUAGCCUCCUUAUCUUCUUGUUUGUGCUGGCUGUGAAGUUUUGCUUGAGUAGGUAUGUGUUCAGUAAAUCUUGGUGAAAAUUUACAGCUUGCAGCCUGAGACUUCCGCAAAUCUAGUUGCUCAUGCUAAGUAAAUAAAGCUAAGCAAAUAGCAUACAAAAUCACAAAACAAUUCAGUGAUUAAUUCUAUUUAAA